UCUCCUAUAAAAGAGGACCAAUUCUUCCCCUUACCUUCCAUCGAUCAUAGUUGAGAUAUAUUGUUAGUAUUCGAUUAGAGAUUUAAGAGAUCGAAGAAUGGAGAAACAGAUUGUUCUUGCCCUCACCAUUGUUCUCUGCCACUUUGCUCUCUCUUCUGCCAUUGAUGGAACUGCAACUUACUAUACCCCUCCAUAUACACCUUCUUCGUGUUACGGGUAUGUCAACAUGGGUACGAUGAUUGCUGCGGCGAGCGAUACUAUAUGGGAUAAUCGUGCAGCCUGCGGACGAAAUUAUCGAGUGACUUGUACGGGUCCAACCAAUUCUGGUGAUCUUCACCCGUGUACAGGUGCAAGCGUUGUGGUUAAGAUUGUCGAUUAUUGCCCUUCUGGUUGCCGAGGCACCAUUGAUCUCUCCCAAGAAGCUUUCUCGGCUAUCGCACAUUUGGACGCCGGCAAGAUUAAAAUUAAUUACGUCCGGGUGUAGAGAUGGUUCGUGUGCUAUCAAAUUAAGUGAUGAAGAACAGGAGUGUAUCUGUCUUCUAAUACAUAGAAUAAAUAAUAAUGGAUUGUGCAAUAAGAAAUUAUAUUUUAUGUCAUGUAACUUUGAUUGUGCUCACCUGAGCACAAAUGUCUCUCUAUCAAUAUAAAUUUAAAUUUGCGUUUUACAUCA